UGUUAGUCGUUCACGCACAAUCGAUUGUUUUCCACCCGAAACAGAUUGAAGAAAGAAAAACAGAUUGAAAGUGUUCACACGAAACUUUGUUAGCUAUAUCAACGUAAAAUUUUCGGUGCUACAAUAAAAUGAAGUUCCAAUACAAAGAAGAACAUCCUUUUGAGAAGAGGAAAGCCGAAGGCGAAAAGAUUAGAAGAAAAUACCCAGACAGGGUUCCUGUGAUUGUGGAAAAAGCCCCUAAAGCCAGAAUAGGUGAUCUCGAUAAAAAGAAGUACUUGGUACCAUCCGAUCUUACUGUUGGUCAAUUCUAUUUCUUAAUCAGAAAAAGAAUUCACCUGAGGGCGGAAGAUGCUUUAUUUUUCUUUGUAAAUAAUGUAAUCCCACCAACUUCAGCUACUAUGGGCUCCCUCUAUCAGGAACAUCAUGAGGAGGAUUUCUUCUUAUACAUCGCCUAUUCAGAUGAGAAUGUCUACGGAUCAGACUACUAAAAAUAUUAUCACAGCUAAAUGUAAUAUUCUAUUGAUAAACACAAUAACAAUAUAGUUAACUUGAGGCAAAUCAAUAGUAUUUUAAUAUAAUUUUUGAACUUGAGGUAUGAGGUGUACAAAUGGUAUUGUCGACUUUUCUUAUUUUUGAGGGACUUGAAAAUGAUCGAUGAUUUUGUGUAUAUUUUAUGUAUAAUCUUAUAGUUUGAUCUGAUAUUGUUUAGUGUUUAGCUAGAUUUACAUUUUGAAAUCUUUCGGUAAUUCAAUGCACAUAUUUGUUCCCACUAGCAUUUAUAAUGAAUGUCCAAAAUAAAAUACGGAGAUGCUUCUAUGUACUUUGGAAUUGAUUUCACCAUGCAUUGAGAGCAAAUGGAUAGUUUUAUGGUUAAUUUUAGGUAUUCAUUCCCAUUUCAAAUCAUCUACAUUCAUCGUGAAAAGAAUACUUAGUUGAUAGGUAAAUCAUGAAUAUUGUGAUCUUUUCUUAAAAUUAAAUAAAAAUAUAGAAAAACUGGA